AUGAUGGAAGAAAGCUCUUUUGCUGCCUCCGCUCGCAGCGGAGCCCUUAGUGCAAGCCUGGGGGCAUACGAAGGAUCGAUGGAGGGUAGCAGCAGCAGCAGCAACAGCAGCAGCAAUAUCAGCAGCAGCAAUAUCAACAGCAGCAACAGCAGCAGCAGCAACAGCAGCAGCAGCAACACCCGAUCCACUGAAAGCCUAGGCCAAACGCCCGAUGCCUCUUCCCACAGCUCCGCUCAGUUCAUAGGGCAGGGUGUAGAUAUGAGUGCGACCUCAGCAGCAGAAACUGCUGCUGCUGUUGCUGCUGCUGCUGCAGCUGCAGCUGCUGCUGUUGCUGCUGCUGCUGCAAUAGAAAACAAGGGAGGGGGGAAGCGCAGCCUUCCGACCGACACAGAUGCAGCAACGCGGGGGUCUGCUGCUAUUGCUGCUGCUGCUGAUGAAGAUUGCGAGCGUACGAGAGAAAGAAAAAGAAUAAAGGCUGUCAACCCCACCCUGUCGAAUUCAACUUUAGAUGAAGAUACACUGCAACAUACCUUACAAGAUAAAUCUGCACAAGGAGACACAUCGAAGGCAUCAGGGCAAGAAGCUUCAGAGGAUUCUCCAGCAGCAGAACCUGAUGAAGGGGAGAAGGCAGAGGCACAGCGACGUCUUCGAUUUUUCGUCGGUGGUGUCCCCCAAGAGGUGGAGGAAAGCGAGUUAGCAGAAUUAUUUUCUGCGUAUGGCGUUGUGUACAGUGUAGAGAUUACAAAAGACUACAGUACAGGGCGUCGUCGGGGGUUUGGUUUUAUAACAAUAGGGGGAGAAGAAGCAGAUAUUUACUCUAUUUUUGCUGCUGAGCAUUAUAUUAGAGGCAGACGGCUUGAUGUACGCAGAGAGAAUGAUACUACUCAAAAUGAAAAUAAUAGAAAGGUCUUCGUUGGGGGUCUGCCCCCUAAUCUAGCAACAGAAGAACUCGCUCUGGAGCUUUCUCGUUUCGGGGAGGUGGAGGGAGUUCAAAUAGCUACAGAUUUCUUGGGGAGGUCUCGCUGUUUUGGUUUUGUUACUUUUAAAAAAGAAAGAGUGGCGGAGUCGUUAAUAGGCCAGGGCUCUUGUCGUGUUGGGAACCGAUUUGUUGAAAUAAGGAAACCCGAGCCGAGGCGCUCGCGACUGAGGACAAAUGGUUGGGGUCAGCAAGGGUGCUGCUUUCCCCCCUCGUACGAGUUGUAUCACUUCGCUCCCCAGCAGUGGCACGCAGGCCAUGGGCAAGGGGUCUAUGCUUACGGAGUUUCUCCUUGUGACUGGCAGAGCUGGCAGUCAGCAGCAAACGCGUACGCCUAUUGCUCUGCAGAAGCUGCUGCAUACGCUUAUCAGGAAGCCUUCUGCACCUCUGCGUGUACUCCGCAGCAGCAGAGCUGGGAUGCUGCAGCCAUGCAAAAUGAAGCUUUCCUGCACUGCCAACAGCAGACAGAAAACGUGCAGCAGCAGCAGCACGACGGAGAGGCUUCUGCAGCGGAAACACCGCUAGCAGCUCCAGAAGAGCAGCAGCAGUGCCUUCAGCUCCCAGGAUAUGAACUCGCUCCAGCCGCAGCAGAGCAGACAGAAAGCAGCGACUGUGCGGUGCAGAACCAGGGCUUCGCGUCUGCUUACCGCAUACACACAAACAACGAAUCUGCGAUCUACCGGCUUCUGGGCCAUCCAGCCGUCUCACCGCUCACCCGAUUAGCACAACAAAUCAAUUUAAUCGAUGAAGCAACUCCCUGCCUUCUUCGCGCAGCUCGUGAGGAGCAAGAGGUGCUCCAGGCCGUGCAGGCGCUGCGUCAGCGUUCAACUCAGCUGAAACCGCUCAUUAAAGAUACAUGGAGCGAAGUGCAGCAAAACGUUCUUGCAGCAGCAUCUUCUCUGCUGCAGAAGGUGCAGCAAGCGAAGCAAGACAUCUCUAGGCCUUCUGCUGCGGGAGAGGCGCGUCGGCUAUCUGCGCUAGCCAACAUCGAGGACUCCCUGCUGAAAUAUGCUGCUGCUGCUGAUACUGCUGCUGCUGAUUCUGCUGCUGCUGAUGCUGCUGAUGCUGAUGCUGAUGAUGCUGCUGAUGCUGAUGAUGCUGCUGAUGCUGAUGCUGCUGAUUCUGCUGCUGCUUCUUCUUUAUACCGACGGCGGCGGCCUCAAGAGCAGCAGCAGCCACGCACAUCUUUGUCGGAAGUAAGAGACUUUAAAACUAAUUAG